AUGCAAGUCCCAACCACCCCCUCAUACAAACUAUUCAGCCACCCAGGCGACCGUUCUUUCAAACUCCAAUCCACCUCAAAAGACAUAACCCUCCGCGUCCCUACAAUAAUUGAAACCUCAAUCCUACUGGAUAUCCUUGAGAACAAAGAAAACUCCAAAUUCGACAAAUCUAUCUCCGACGCCAACACUCAAGAACUUGAAAGCAUCGCCCACCGCUGGACAACUAUCUCACACCCUCUUACACACCUCAAUUUUCUCAUCUGGAACGGCGAUACUCCGAUCGGGAUUGGGGGAUUGGGGUGGAUAGGGCCUUGUGAUAAGACUCAACCCGAAGGACCACGUGCUGGUGCUGCGGGCGUUGUGCUUCAGCCGUUUGCGAGAGGAAAGGGGUUUGCGUAUGAGGCUUUGAAGAUGGUUUUUGAGUAUGGGUUGUGUGAGCUAGGGCUUGCAGAAGUUAGAAUCGGGAGUUAUUCUGAGAAUAUACCGAUGAGGAUGGUAAUGGAGAAGAAGUUUGGGUUGGUUACGGAAACAAUAGAGGGAGUCGUUGAUGAAUUUGGGAAUGAUCUUCUAUGGGUUGUUCGGAUGGAUGAUUUGGAGUCUUUCUAG